UCUGCGUUUUCUCAACUCACGGCAUCGUGAUAGUGUCCUGCUUGAUUACUCUUCAUCAGAUAUUCGUUACUUAUUACUUCUUCCUUGACACAUCAAGGAGUCGCUGGCGACCCCUUAUCAUUACCUCACUCCCCUACAUAUCAAAGACUGUCAGGAUGUCCUUCUUUGCCCCAUACACGAGUAUUAUGCGUCUUGGUCAAGGCUUCAAUUCGUAUACGCAAGAAGUAUGUAUAGACAACGCGGUGACUAUACAUCCUCAUCCUGCUGUUUCUUUAUCACCGCCACCUUCCCUAGGCCUAAGACCAGAGCCGACACCUGAGUCUUCCCAUGCUCGCCAUUUAUCUACCGAUUCCCUUGAAGAUGAAAGGCUAUCUCUCUCAUGUCGUCCAUGCCUUUCUGACACAAUGUCUGUAAAACCCAUGAGCCAAACCGUGUCAUACACAGCCAGGGCUAUCGACAGCGUCGCAGACAUUGUUGAUGCCCUGAAUAUUUCGUCAAGCGCGACCAUAAGCUAUGGCUCCAUCAAGCUUGGUGGUGGCACCUCUUUGAUAAGGGAAAAUACAGUCAAUGAGAGCGAUAUCAACUUCAUUGUCUCCGUCAAGGUCACGAACGAAGCCCCAGUCAGCUUUGGCCACAUGGAAUUCAGGCCUAUCAUUGGCUUAGAUCCCGACCAUUUUCCUGCAGUAUAUGGCGAUUCAUUCAUUGCGGGGUUCUUGGAAGGAGGAGAGUUUUCGGCAAUUAUCAGUAUCAAGGUGGACGACAAGAGUAAAGUCUCUAGAGUGAAGCUGGCCGCCGAAGUCCAGCUCUUACCAAGGUCUUUGCUACAGCCUUUCUCGAGCAGCGCGCUACUGGAUAAGGACAAAGAAGACAUUUGGAAAGACACUGAGCUCAGUAUUUCUGUUAGUUGGGCAGGAGGUGGAGAGAUCAAAGAGCCCACUGCCAAUUGGGACCUUUCGACAGUAAUAGCAGCCGCCAAUGAGUUCCCGUCCCAAGUAUUGAAGCAUUCUCAAAAGAUAUUAGCAAUUCUGAUGAACUAUAACUCUCUUCGCUCAUUCCAUGAAACCAACACAAAGCUUGACAGACCGUACAUUGUCCUCGACUAUCGAUUGUGCGAUCUCUAUACUGCAGAUCUCCUAAGUGCCUUCAUGGCUUACAAAGCAUUGUGGAAAAAGAUCUCCAAGAUGAUGAAGGACCCGGAACGUUACGAGGCCAGAGAGCCUUCUGAUGAAGUGCCUGAUCCCAUAAAAUGUGAUGUGGCUUCAUUGAAUAUGGCCCGCACAGAAUGCCGAAAAGGGAUGACGCUAAUUCUCGAGGAGACUAAGUUGCUGGCAACAAGACCGGAGAUCGGAUCCAUCAAACCGGAUGGUACUAUGAGAGAACCACCUUAUCGCUUUCCUGGAGAACUGGAGGCCAGGCUUCCAGUCUGUAAGAGCGAUGUAGAUAACUGCGGUUCCUGUUCUCCUUCAUCGGGAGAGACACUUGCUGAAAAUAGUUAUGUCGCGCAUGCGUCCAGAAACUUUUCACGCGCCCGGAAAGUUGAGCCUUCACUUCCAAGUGUUGGUCGAGGUUUCUAUUCUGUGGAUGGAAAUGCCCAUCAAACUGACACAAAUGCGACCUCAAAACGAAUCGGAAAUGAUUCUGAGCACCUAUCAGAGCCAUUGCGACAGAGACGCACGGAAUCGCAUUCUUCGCGUCUUCGUACUUUGAUCGGUGCUAUAAAGUACUGUUAUCGACUGGAUUUGGUGGUCUUUGCCAUAUUACGUUGGUUGAAACUGUACGAGCGUCGGAAAAUGAAACGUACGGAGAUAGAACAUAGACCGCCGGCGUUCAUGCUGUACAACACAGCUCAGCCUGUGCCUCCUAUUAUAACAAGGGACUUGUCUGAGCCGGAUAUUCAGGGGCAUAGACAUUCGCAGAAGGGUGACUUUGUGGACAGAACGGUAUCAUGAAGUGCCACAAUAACCGGAUUGGAACCGCCUGGACUAAUAACCUUCGGGAGUGGACAAGAUUUUCUGGGGUCUUGAUACAGGCUGAGAUUGAAAAUGUGACGUGCCAGGGGUAGUUCAUUUUUUCUAGACUGAUUCAACGCGAUUGCUAUGGACUUUCAAU